GCAUGCGUUAAAAUAUACGUCUACUUCCGCGGGCGUUCUUGACAACUGUCAAAAUGGACGUACGAACGAAAAGCUCUGCUUCGGGAUACCGCUCAAGAAAGUAUUGUUGUAUAUGUAGUAAAUAUAGGGGGAAAACCGUAGAGGGACAAGUCGUCAGUCUCCACAGAUUUCCAAGCGAUACAGAUAAACGUAGAAUAUGGCUGCAGCGAGCAAGGUUAGUGCGCAAGGACUUCACCUACACCAAGAAUUCGUACGUGUGUUCUUCACAUUUCGUGAAUGGUAGCGGCCCCUCUGCAGCCCAUCCUUUGCCGUCGAUAUUUCCGAACAAGGUGUUCAAAACAUCGGCACCCUCAACCACAAAUGCCCCAGCUGUUCCCUUUUCUCAUGAGCCAGGUGUGCAGGACAAUCAGCUUCCUGAGAGUGAGGAUAACCAGGAUAGCCUUGAACAAACAGAUGACCCGUUAAAGGAUUCCCUAAAUAUGCACGAUUACCAUAAAGACUGGACAACAUGUGCUGGUGAAGUUCCAAAAAAUAAGGAAACUCAGACUAUUUUGUUAACUGUAGAUUCAUCAACACAGACUGAUGAAUCCUUUUUUAACAGCAUGGCCAUGAAAAAGUGUGUUUCCUCCUCUGCAGAAACACAGACUGAUGGAAAGCUUUUCAUUGAUAAAGGGAUUCAAGUUUCUAGACCUGUGUUCACCUUUGAAGAUGUAGAACAGGAUGACUCCAAAAUUUUAUUCUACACAGGUAUUCCUAACAAAGAGACAUUUAAUGCUGUGUUUGAUGAGAUAAAGGAUAAUGCACUCGAAAGUACAACACGUGUAGGGAUUUCAUCUUCAAAUCAAGGACGACCAAGAAGACUAAGGAUUAUUGACGAGUUUUUUCUUGUUCUCAUGAGACUACGGCUGGGAUUACUCCUAGAGGAUUUAUCAGACAGGUUUAAUGUUAGUGUUUCAACUUGCAGCGAUAUUUUUAAUUUAUGGAUUGAUUUUUUGUUUGUUCAGUUGCAGCCUUUGAUAAUGUGGCCAUUCAAAGAAACAAUAUAUGCCACCAUGCCAUGUUCAUUUAAGGGAAAAUUUAGUAACUGCAGAGUCAUAUUAGACUGUACUGAAGUUUUUGUGCAAACACCUAGUUCUCUUGCUAACAAGUCAUUAAUCUACAGUGAUUAUAAAUCCCAUAUGAUAUUUAAAGGACUCAUAGGCAUCAGCCCAGCAGUUUUAAAUUUUGAUUUUCAUCACGUGAACAACAAAAUUCAGAAUCAAGUCUACAUUCAGCUGGUGAAAGGAUUCGCCAUCUGUCUGAUGCUGGACAUUUAA